UUUUCCUUUUUCCUCUUCCUCUUUCUCAGCUGAUUCCCCAUAUAAUUUUUUCCAAAUCCCAUGAGGACCAUGAGGAGGAGGCUUAGCUAGCUCUCUCGUCUCCCACUACCAAGCCUCUAUCAAGCACAACCUUUAGCCACACAAGAGGCAGCAGAAGCUCUUGCUAGCUUACACAAGGGAAAGGAGAAGACAAGAGAGCUUGCCAAACCCUAGCUAGCUUAGUCUGCCUUGCAAGCCAGCAUACAAGACUGAAGAAGACUCACUUUCUCCGGAUAACAUCUCCCCCCACCAUGAUCUUCCCCCCUGCUUCCUUCCUGGAUUCCUCAAGCUGGAAUGAUAAUAACCAGAUCAAUAACAAUUUCCAGCGCCAUCCUCAUCACCAGCAGCAGCAGGUCGUCGUCGCAGGAUCAGCCAGUGCAACAGACGGCAGCUGCCAUGAGCAGCUCCUGCAGCCGUCCAUCAUGCAGAUGCAGCAGCAGCAGCAGCAGCUUGCAGAAGGCGGCGGCCAUGGAGGAGCACAGCAGGCACAGGCGGCGGCCAUGGCGGGGAAGCCGAUGUCGAUGUCGGAGCGGGCGCGGCUGGCGCGCGUGCCGCUGCCGGAGCAAGGGCUCAAGUGCCCGCGCUGCGACUCGGCCAACACCAAGUUCUGCUACUUCAACAACUACUCCCUCUCCCAGCCCCGCCACUUCUGCCGCGCCUGCCGCCGCUACUGGACCCGCGGCGGCGCCCUCCGCAACGUCCCCGUCGGCGGCGGGUACCGCCGCCACGCCAAGCGCGCCAAGCAGCCGAAGCAGCAGCCCGCCACUUCGUCUUCCUCGGCUCCGGCGACGGCACCGACGAGCGCGCCGCCCGCGAUGCUCCCGACUGGGAACCACCAGCAGCUGCCCUCUGGCCUGCUGCCGCCGCUGCUUCGGCUGGCCGACUUCGACGCCAUGAGCCUCGGCUCGACCUUCGUCUCCGGCGCCGGCGGGAUGGGGAAGCCGCCGCCGCUGACCUCCUCCGGCUCCGUAGACGUACCUGCAGGAUGCUACUCAUUGGGCGGCGGCGGUGGCGCCAUGGAGCAGUGGAGAUCGGUGCAGCAGAUCCCGGCGGGCUUCCCGUUCUUCCACGCAAUGGCGGCAGCCGACAAUCAUCUGGCUCCAGCAGCGCCGGGGAUGUUCCAUUACCUAGGCCUAGACCACGGCGGCAAUGGCAACGGCGAGGUGGUCGGAGAAGAAGACAACCAGUUCCAUCAUGCUUCUGCAACGACGAUGCCGUCUUCAAAGAGGGAAGACGGGUUUACAAGGGGCGGCAGCAACAUCAUCAGUAUGUAUGGUAAUGGUGAUCACCACCACCAGCUCAAUGCAGGCUACACAAGUUCGUAUAACUCCAAUACUGCCGCCAGAGGUAACCAUCUCUUGUAAUGCAUAAGCUAACUUGAUCUUAACUGCCUUUUAGAUCGAUGGAGGGGUGUUAUGUGAGAUAUAGAUCAAAAGCUUUGCAUUGGUAGUUCGUUAGUUUGCUCAUGGUGUGGAUGCAUGCCCCAUGCAUGCAUGGAGGAAAGGUGUGGAAGCAAGGAUGCAUGGAUGGAUGGUGUUGUGUGUGUGCUAGCUUGUUUGAUAUGAUCAUGCACAAUUAUUAGUGUCAAUUAGCUAGUUUAGCUGGCAUGAUCGAUCACUUGCUAUGUGUUUUCUUCUUCUUCUAGGUUUUCUCGCGCAUGCAUUUCGGGGUGAAGUUAAUUAUGUGUGUACUUGGUUUACUAGUACUAGUGAUGUUCAUUUUGUUUAUGAAGAACUCCUUUUAUUAUAUGUCAACUGAUCGAUCUAAA